CAGUACCCAGCUGUUUUUUUUUGCUGUAUGGUGCUGACGUCGUACAUAUUUAUUAAUUUAUUCUAUUAAAUAAAUUAUUACGUUACAUUUUGUCAUUAAGUUACUGUUAACGCUAAUUGUGUGACUUAACCAGACAGCUGAAAAUAUAAAAGGCUUAAUCAUGGCUCCCUCGACUGAUUGGGAUGAAAUAAAACGAUUAGCAGCGGAUUUUCAAAAAGCUCAAUUAAGCUCUACUGCCCAGAGGUUAUCAGAAAGAAAUUGUGUGGAGAUUGUAACAAAACUGAUAGAGUUAAAACUCAUUGAUGUUAUUUUUACUACUGACGGGAAAGAAUAUUUGACGUCUCAGCAGCUUACAAAGGAGAUAAAAGAUGAACUUUAUGUGCAUGGUGGUAGAAUCAACACUGUAGACCUAGCUAAAGAAUUAAGUGUUGAUUUAAAUCAAAUCAAUGCAAGUGUUGCAGAUAUUGUCAAAGGAAAAGAAGUUCAGCUAGUGUCUGGCUAUUUAAUUGCUAAUUAUUAUCUUGAAAAAAUUGCAAGGGAGAUAAAUGAAAAAUUACAAUUACAAGGUCAAAUAUCAGUAGGAGAGUUAACUUUACAAUAUGAUUUGCCUGCUGAAUUACUUCAACAUAAUGUGCUUGAAAAAUAUCUGGGAAAAAUAAUUAUUGGCAAACAAGAUUCUUCAGAGCCGAGGACUUUCUAUACGGAAGAGUAUAUUACAAGAACUAAAGCGAAGAUCCGUGGAGCCUUGAUGGGUUUGUUGAAGCCGACCCCUGUUGCGGUUAUAAUUAAUCACUGCAAUCUGGCUGAUCGCUUGUUUAUGUCGUUGUUUGACCAGUUGAAUGCACCUGGAGUCUUGACGGGACGACAGGCGGGUGCUUUGUAUGUGCCAUCUUGUUACACUAAAUCACAAAACGACUGGGUGGUCAGUUUUUACAAACAAAACAACUAUUUGGAAUAUGAUGCUCUGUCCAGGUUGGGAAUAUCAGACCCCAAAGGCUAUGUGAAGAGGAUUUUUACAAAUGAAAACUUAACAUUUCUUAGCACCUGUGCAAUUGGUGCCCAGAUUAUGCAGCAGUUAGAGACUGCGCUGGAAGAAUGCAUAGCAUCGAAAAGUUACUUAGAUGUAGUUUCUUUAUUACCUUCUGUCUUAUCUAGUACAGAUAUUGAAAAUGUUCUAGACACACUUUUGAAGAAUAAUUCGAAGUCGACUACUUUGUUUGACAAUACUGUAUUUAGUAACAGCUACAUUGAAAGUUUGAAGCAAAGUUGUAUGUCAGUGACACAGAAAAAAGCUGAAGAGGUUGUUAAAUCUGGGAAGUACCAACAGUUCUUUUUGGAAAAACAACUCAGUAAAUCUUCUGAGAAUAGUCACAGUCAUGUGGAUCAAAAAGCAGAGAGACGGGAAGAGCGAAGAAGGAAAGCAGCAUCAGGAAAAGCUGGUGGUGGCAGCCAGGGUCGGGAAACCAAAACUAAAGCCGUCAAGAAACAUCAAAGAUCAUCUAAACAUGCAGCUAACGAUUCUGACUCAGAUGACGCAUCUAACGUGGCUAAAAAAUCGGAAACUACUCUAGACAUCAUCACUGUUGAUGAUGUAGAGAGCAUAAUCAAAGAAACAUUAGAAAACGAAGGCCUUGAUGAUUUAAUUACGCCAAUUGCAGAAUAUCUUCAAGGGAGCCUUAAUCAAACUGCUUUGUCAAUAGCAAAGGAAACUGCAGAAAAACUUCUCCAAGAUGCCAGCCAGAACAGAAAGCAGACUCACACUUCUACUCAAGAUAAAAUCAACAUUUUAGUGAAUGAUAUAAAGCUGUAUGAAAAGGGAUUGAAAUCAUUCCCACCUGAUCAACAAACCCAAUUCAUAAAGUAUCUUUUAAAGAGCUUAGGUGGCGACAUUCUCGCUGAAUUCUGUAAAUAUGCAGCCAAUCAAUGCAACCUGUCUGUUCAAGUUGAUGUGCUCUCAGUGGAACAAAGGAAUAAGAUUCUAAAAGACCUGUCAGAUGAAUACAAGAAGCCAUUGUCGGCAUUGAAUGCUACACUCUCUGAACAGAACAUUGAGUUGUUCUAUCAAGCUAUUGAUGUGUGUCUCUCAGCAUGUGGCAUGAUUUUGAAGAAAGUGGACAAGAAGAAGGACAAGCUACUGAUACAAAAUCACAGAGAAAAACUGAUAGCAGAGCUAGAAAAUUGCGAUGAUCCAGCCCUUAGCCUGCAUAUAGCCGUGCUGGCGAUAUUCACCAUCGUGACUCAAAAUAUGCUGCACGCGUCCGGGAGACAAGUGCCUGCUAUAGUGGCGCUCCUGAAGACGCACGUCAAAGAAGAACAUUUUGAACACUUGCAGCAGUGCCAAGAAUUGGUUACUAAAUAUCUUAUUGCAUCUGACGAAGAGAAAACUGAUGUCGAGGACAAACUAAAGGAACUGCUGCCUGCCCUGAAGAAUACGGUCCAAGAGAUUAAAAAGCAAAAGUGAGAUUUAUACCCGUAU